CCGUCGGUCGGGUACGCGGACUUGGGCGGGAUGGAGGGGCCGCUGCAGGCGGUGCGGGAGCUGGUCGAGUACCCGCUCACCCACCCGGAGAUCUUUGCCCACCUCGGCACCCCGGAGCCUCCUCGGAGCCUCCCUGUAGGUCCGCCCGGCUGCGGCAAGACGCUGCUCGCGUGCGCCAUCGCCGGCGAGCUCGGCGUCGGCUUUGUGCGCGUCUCGGCGCCCGAGGUGGUGUCGGGCAUGUCGGGGGAGAGUGAGGCGAAGAUCCGGCAGCUCUUCCGCGAGGCGCGCGAGGCGGCGCCCGCCCUCCUCUUCAUCGACGAGAUCGACGCCAUCGCGCCGAAGCGCGAGGCGGCGCAGCGCGAGAUGGAGAAGCGGAUCGUCGCGCAGAUGCUCACUUGCAUGGAUGAGCUCGCCGCGGCCGGCGGCUCGCAGUUCGACUCCGCCGACCAGGCCGCAUCGAGCGCCGCCGCGGACGCCUCCGCCGCCGCCGCGCCCCUCGCGCCGCCGCCGCCGCCGCCGACGGUGAUCGUCAUCGGAGCCACCAACCGACCCGACUCGCUCGACCCGGCCUUGCGCCGCGCGGGCCGUUUCGACCGCGAGAUCGCGCUGGGCAUCCCCGACGCGGCGGCGCGCGGCCGCAUCCUCAAGGUGAUGGCGCGCAACAUGCGCCUCGCGCCCGACGUGGACGUCGAGUCGCUCGGCCGCCGCUGCAACGGCUUCGUCGGCGCCGACCUCGCCGCGCUCUGCAAGGAGGCGGCCGUCGUCGCAGUCAACCGCAUCUUCGGCUCGCUCCUCGCCGCCGCCCCGCCCGGCGGCGCGGCGGGCGGCGCGGCGACGAGCGAGGAGGGGAGCGGUGGUGACGGCCAUCUAGGCCGCCGACUCACGCUGCUCGCAAAGGCGGUCGCCAACGAGAGCGGCGCCUCCUUCAUGUCCGUCUCGGGGCCCGAGCUGCUCAACAAGUACGUCGGCGAGAGCGAGCGAGCGGUGCGGGUCCUCUUCGCCCGCGGGCGCGCCUCGGCGCCUUGCGUCAUCUUCUUCGACGAGCUCGACGCGCUCGUGCCGCGCCGCGGCGGCGAGGCUGGCUCGCAGGCCACCGAGCGCGUCGUCAACCAGCUGCUCACCGAGAUGGACGGCCUCGAGAACCGCGCCGCCGUCUACGUCGUCGCCGCCACCAACCGGCCAGACAUCAUCGACCCGGCGAUGCUCCGGCCCGGCCGGCUCGACAAGCUCCUCUACGUCCCCCUCCCGCCCCCCGGCGCGCGGGCCGACAUCCUGCGCGCCGCCGCGCGCCGCACGCCGCUCGCGCCCGACGUCGACCUCGAGGCGGUCGCGCGCGACCCGCGCAGCGACGGCCUCUCUGGCGCCGACCUGGCGCACCUGGUCCGCGAGGCGGCCACCAACGCGCUGCGCGAUCUGCGCGCGGCGGAGAGCGGCGGCGGCGGAGGCGGAGGCGCCGGAGGCGAAGGCGGAGGCGAAGGCGGAGGCGUAGGCGUGCAGGUCCAGCGGGCGCACUUCGAGCGCGCGCUCGACACGGUGCGGCCGUCCGUCUCGGCGAAGGACGAGGCUCGCUACAAGCAGCUCGCCUCGAGGCUGCGCAAGCGGAGGGCGGAGGGCGGCAGCAGUGAGAGGCCGGGCGGAGGCACGCCCUCGGCAGCCCCGGCGGGAGGAGCUGCGGCCGAGGGUGGCGAGCCGGCGGCGGAAGGGGAGUGCAUCUAG